UGCUUUGUUUGGCCAUAGCACCUGCUGUAGACCCAACUUACACAUGCCCUUAUAUUCCUGUGCGGGAUACUGUUUUAUGUAAAGUCUUUUUAGUGUCAAAUGCCUACUCCUAGUUCUGUAGAAAAUGGUAGGGGUUGCUAGGGAUGAAUGUGGCCAACUAGGCCCAUCCGCUAAACUGAGGCUGUGAGAGCACAUUUGGAAAAGAAUUUGUGCUUGGGCAAGUGUCUGAAGCUUAUCUACUACAGUAAAUCAUCAGAUAUGAGGUCGAGGAAAGAAAGUGGGCUUGUGUUGUUUUUGCAGUUUGACUUCUAGAAGACUUUACAUUUAAACCUUAAUACACUUUCCCAUUGAAAACAGUUCUUUCCAUUGUUUUUUCUCUUUCUGAUCUGUCUAAAUGGCGUGGAAAAUAAUUGCUGCCUUCCUGAGCUCUUCAGCUACUCAUGGAUGUCUGUUUAAAAAUGCAUACAGUAAUCAAGUGAAAAAGAUGAGCUUCAUCUGUGGAUUGCAGUCUGCUGCUAGAAACCAUGUUUUCUUCCGAUUUAAUUCACUGUCUAACUGGAGAAAAUGUAACACAUUAGCAUCAACCUCACAGGGCUGUCAUCAAGUACAAGUUAACCAUAUAGUAAAUAAGUAUCAGGGACUGGGAGUGAAUCAGUGUGAUAGAUGGACUUUUCUGGCUGGAAACUUUCAUUUUUGUAGGACUUUUAACAACAAAAGAACAGGAUGCCUCUCAAGUACCAAAAAUAAGGAAAUUUGGAUGAUUACCAGCAAAUGUACUGCAUGGAAUGACUCUUUUUCAAGACAGCUACUAAUAAAAGAAGUUACAGCAGUUCCUAGUCUGUCAGUAUUGCAUCCUCUAAGCCCUUCUCCUGUAAGAGCUAUUAGGAAUUUCCACACUUCUCCACGGUUUCAAGCUGCUCCGGUUCCUCUCUUGUUGAUGAUUCUUAAACCAGUGCAGAAGUUAUUUGCAAUCAUUGUAGGCAGGGGCAUAAGGAAAUGGUGGCAGGCACUUCCUCCUAACAAGAAGGAACUAUUUAAACAAAGUAUAAGGAAGAAUAAAUGGAAGCUAUUCCUUGGUUUGAGUAGUUGUGGAUUGCUCUUUGUGGUGUUUUAUUUUACUCACCUGGAAGUAAGUCCAAUCACAGGAAGGAGCAAGCUACUAUUAUUGGGGAAAGAGCAGUUCAGACUUUUAUCAGAACUGGAAUAUGAAGCAUACAUGGAAGAAUUUAAAAAUGAUAUGCUAACUGAGAAAGAUGCCCGAUACCUGGCUGUUAAAGAAGUGCUUUGUCGUCUAAUUGAAUGCAAUAAAGAUGUUCCAGGGAUUUCUCAGAUCAAUUGGAUUAUUCAUGUGGUUGAUUCCCCAAUUAUUAAUGCCUUUGUGCUUCCAAAUGGACAAAUGUUUGUUUUCAGUGGAUUGUUAAAUAGUGUAACCGAUAUUGAUCAACUUUCUUUCCUUCUGGGCCAUGAAAUAGCACAUGCAGUACUUGGACAUGCUGCAGAAAAGGCUGGCAUGGUUCACUUUUUGGAUUUCCUAGGUAUGAUUUUCCUCACAAUGAUUUGGGCCAUUUGUCCUCGAGAUAGUUUGGCACUUUUGGGCCAGUGGAUACAGUCUAAAUUGCAGGAGUAUAUGUUUAAUAGACCAUACAGCAGAAAAUUGGAGGCUGAAGCUGACAAAAUUGGACUACUGCUUGCUGCAAAGGCUUGUGUAGACAUAAGAGCCAGUUCAGUGUUUUGGCAGCAAAUGGAGUUUGUCGAUAGCCUGCAUGGCCUACCCAAGAUGCCAGAAUGGUCAUCUACACACCCUUCUCAUGGCAAUCGAGUUGAACAUCUGGAUAGACUUAUACCUCAGGCUCUCAAAAUUAGAGAGAUGUGUAAUUGCCCACCACUGUCUAAACCAGACCCUCGAUUACUAUUCAAACUCAGCAUGGAGCAUUUUCUUGAAGAAUCAGAGAAAGAAGACCUAAAUAUCACAAAGAAACAGAAAAUGGAUACUCUUCCCAUUCAAAAACAGGAGCAAAUACCAUUAACAUACGUAGUUGAGAAAAGAACUGGCAGUUGAAUUAAAAUUUAUGAGACACAAGAUAUAUGAAGAAUGUUGCAGUCCUUAUCAUUUUAUGUUACCUUAAAAAAAAAUGAUGUUUGAAGUGAAAAAAAAAAGGAUAUUCAGGGUCAAAUCAUGUAUAUUACAGAUACUAUCUAAAUUCUUAUAGAAUUUAUUUUUCAUGAAAUAUUGAUAUAUUUUAAUCUAUGUUAAAAUAUCUUGAAUGAGGAAAAUGUCACAGAAUAAAUUUAUAUUACACAUUUUA